AUGUCAGGAGAAGCGAUAGCAAAGGAGGCAAAUACGGCCUUUGCCCAGCUUAAGGUGCUUACAAACACCGAGAGAUCACAAGCAUUGGAAAAGAUUUACAAGUCUUUAAAGGAACAUAAGUCGUCUAUUCUCGAGGCUAAUAAGCUAGAUUUGGAAAAUGCCAAAGCCAAGAAUCUCGCAUCGUCAUUAAUAAAGAGGCUAGACUUAGCCAACCCAGGAAAGUUCGACUCGAUGCUCCAGGGUAUAUUGGAUGUAGCUAACUUGUCCGAUCCAGUGGGGAAGGUGACUUUGGCCAAAAAGAUCGAUGAGGGCUUAAACUUGUAUAGGGUGACAGCUCCAAUUGGGGUCUUGUUGAUUAUUUUUGAAAGCAGGCCAGAGGUAAUUGCGAAUAUCACGGCUUUGGCAAUCAAGUCGGGAAAUUCAGCUAUAUUAAAAGGAGGAAAGGAGUCUUACCAGACAUUUAAAGUUAUGAGUAACAUUGUUAGCGAGGCAUUGGCCGACACCAAAGUUCCCUCCAAAGCAAUCCAAUUGAUUGAAAGUAGGGAGGAUGUGGCCGAUUUAUUGGACCAGGACAAAUACAUCGACUUGGUGAUCCCUAGAGGCUCGAAUGAGCUUGUGCGUAAUAUCAAGUCGAACACGAAAAUUCCCGUUUUGGGCCAUGCUGAUGGUAUAUGUUCCAUCUACGUUGACGCCAACUUUGAUCCUGUAAAGGCAAGUAGGAUCGUUGUUGACUCCAAGACAAACUAUCCUGCAGGUUGUAAUGCUGUUGAGCAGUUGUUGAUUAAUAAGGAUAUUGCUGGAAGCGAAGUAAAGAAUCUCAUCAAGGCUUUAGUCGACCUGAAGGUCACAGUUCAUGUAGCACCCGAAUUGAAGUCAUUGGUUAAAGACUUGAACCAGGAUUAUGUUGUGGAUGCUGACGAUGAUGCUUUUGAUAAGGAGUAUCUCUCGUUAGAUAUAUCGGUGAAAUUUGUCGAUGACGUCAGAGACGCAAUUGAUCAUAUAAACAAACACUCAUCUAAACAUACGGAGUGUAUUAUAACUGAGAACGAAGACACGGCAAACUUGUUUUUGAAGAGUAUUGACUCUGCUGGUAUCUAUUGGAACGCCUCCACUAGAUUUGCAGAUGGCUUUAGAUACGGAUUUGGAACUGAGGUGGGAAUCAGUACCAACAAGAUCCAUGCAAGGGGUCCGGUUGGCUUAGAAGGGUUGAUGAGCUAUCAAUACCAGUUGAAGGGCGAUGGCCAUAUAGUUGGAGAAUAUGUAGGCGGAGGUAGAAACAAGUUGUUUGUGCACGAAGAUAUCUAG